UCAUUACGUUAGGUUCACCUAAAGUCUAAUUGACCACGCCCAGUUUUUGAAAAUAUUUUUAGUUUUUCCACCUUCCCUUGCGAACAUUAUUAUGCCAUGUCCAGAAAUUUUAUGUUACAUGAAGUAAAUGAUGUUCAACAAAAACAAGAUGGCGCCAAUGGAGCCAGGAGCGAAAGAACAAGUUGAAAUGACGAAUGUCGUUAAAACGUCUCCUGGAAAGAUGAAUAUGGCCCUGUUGAUUGAUUUUAUGUUACAAAAAACAUAUCACGAUCUCACUGUAAUGGCUGAGUUAUUACCACGAAAAUCUGACAUUGAAAGAAAAAUUGCCAUCAUAGAAUUUGCUACCAAAUCUCGUCAACAAUUUGUGCGUUUGUUAGCACUGGUUAAAUGGGCUGGCAGUGCUGAAAGUGUUGUGAAAUGUCAGUUAAUAUCAUCCAUUCUUGAUCAGCAAUCAUCUAUUUUUGUUGACACUGCAGACAGUCUCUAUCAUAUGGCACAAGAAACAUUAGUUAAUGCUAGAUUGCCAGCGUUUUGUCUUCCUGCAGCAGUUGAUAUUUUAACAACAGAAACGUAUCCCAGACUACCUGCCUGCAUAAAGGAUCGGAUCAUUCCAGCUGAGGCUAUAAGUCGAAAUGAAAAAAUAAAAACACUAAAACGUUUAGAGCAAGUCAUUGAACAACGUCUUGUUACUUCAAAACUUCCUUCACAAAUGAGUGAUUUACAUAUUGCUGAUGGUCGAGUGACAUUCACAGUUGAGGAUGAAUUUACGGUGUCAUUGACAUUAAUGGGUGAUGAUCCUUUAGUUCCCUGGAGACUUCUCUCUGUUGAUUUCUUGAUAAGAGAUUUUAAAACUGGAGAGGGAAAAUCUCUUGUGCAUGGUCUACAGGUUCAAUACAUCCAUCGAAUGAUUCAAUCACGUUUAUUCAGUGAAGAGUCUCCUUUGGUUGAUUUGUAUAACUGCUUACAUACAUUUUGUUCGCUUCUUCAGUUAGAAGUUUUGCAUUCACAAGCUCAGCGUCUUAUUCAUGAACAUUGGUCAGAUAAUGUGCGCAUAGACAGUUAUGUUGUAGGACAGAAACUAACAUUAUCUUACUGGAGGAAUCCAAAACAAAAGAAGAAAGAAAGAGAUCACAACUCACUGUCAAUUUUUUGUGGAAACGAAGAAGAAAAGUUGUUGACCGUAACUCACACUCCUUCAUUGACAAGUAAAUAUGGAAAGAACACAGUGAUUGUUUCUAAAAAGAAGUUAUGCAUAGAGAGUGUAUUGAAUGAAACAAUCCGUUAUCAAUCUAUUGGUAAACUUGAGGUUGUCAAUAAACUUCUAUCAAACGAUAAAAAUCUUCAAUCAUUAGUGUCAUUGGAUCAUAAGAAAAACCAUUUGAAAAUUUAUACCGGCGUUAAAAACUCCAUUAUAUCCGUAUUUGUGGAUUCAAGAACUGGAUUAUAUGAUGUUACUAUCAGCAAUUGUCAAGUCAUAAAGUUUCGUCAAACUCUGAACAACUCGCUCAACAAAGACAUCAACAGUUUCUCAACUGUUCUGAAAGAUGUCCGAUGUUUGCUUCGUAUUCAUGAAUGCAAAAAGAAUGUACAAAAUUUAACUUGUGCGUCAACAUCUUUGUCAAUCGUGAACUUUAAUGAUCAUCGUUUGAGUCAAUUGUCAAAACACAAACUUUACAUGAAGUUCUCAGGAUAUUUAUCAUAUUAUUUGGUUUUGGAAGUAAAAAUUGACGAGCAAGAUAAUGCAGAAUUUUGUGAGAAUUUUUAUCUUCUGAAAGUUAAACCUCACACCUCCAUCCAUCCUUCCUCUAAGGAAAAUACUGAAGGUCGACUACGUCGUGCUAGUAGUGUGGAAAAUAGCGAAAAACAAGUGGAAGGUUUCUUUCUUAAAGCUGGACCUUUGGUCAGGCUUGAUCCUGAUUUUAUAUCUGAUGUGACAAACAGACAAAAUGAAGUUGUUUACCAAAGACCUCGUGAUGCAACAAAUUGUUUAAAUGAGCAGGAACAAAAUGUUUCAGUAAAAAAGAUGAAAAUUGAUUGUUUAUCGACUUCUGCCACUCCUAAAGUUGACGAAAUUUACGCUGUUUGUAACGCAAGAAUUCCUUUUCUUAUUUUAUGUAACGAGUUGAACAAAGCAAAAAUACCUUAUCACGAAAUUUUUAAAAACAAUGUGGAUAUCUGUGUGAGGAUUUUGGACCUACCUACACCUAGCCAAUGUGAUGAAAAUGUCGUGAAAGAGUUAAAAAGAAAGAUUCUUGACUGUUUUGUGUCUUAUGAAUUUCCAAAUCACUGGUUGUUCAAGUUAGUCGUUUCCAAUCCCCCAUUUAAAUCCACUUCCACGCAACAUAUUCUGUUAUCAUUCAAACCCGGAUGUCAAGAUAAAAAUGAAGAGGAAUACAGCGAUAAAGAAGUUUGGGGAAAAUUCCUUGAUGCUUGGACUUGUAUAUGUCGCUUAUAUCCACAUGCACAGGACUUGAAUCAUUAUUUAUGUGAUUUACGUUGUGAUCUUUCCAGUAUUUGUAACGUGAAAUCUUUUAAUUUCAAUGAACUUGUUCUUGGCUAUGGUUCAGCAUUUCAAAAUUUGGUCACCAUAAAAUGGUCAUUGCUCGAGAAAAAAUUCUCUUUUCUUUUUCUCAUAUUGGAAGUGAAGUGUGUGGACAUGAACAUGAUAUAAUUAAGAAAGUUCUCGAGGAUGAAUUUGCUAAACAUUUUAAUCUUCCUUUUCUCAUUAAAAUACUUUGUGAAACAUACCCAGCUUUUCACUCUUUAUCAAAACUUCCCACCUCUCUGUCGUUGUUUCGUGGCUCCAUCAGUCCAUCAUUUGAGAUUCAUCCCCAGUCUUCUACAUGUGUUAGGGUUUCUUUUAAAGACUAUUAUAUGUUAGAAUUUAAUUUUCGUUCAAAGGAUGUGAUUUCAGUGCGAGAUUGUGCGCAUUAUAAAUUAUCUUUUGAGAAGUUUCAAGCUCCAUUACAGCAAAUUGCGUAUUUGAAAGGUUUUUUACAGAAAUACAACGAUGGUCAUUCAGAAACUAUCAGCAGUGAAUAUUUAUUGAACUGGCAAUCUUUAUCACAAAAGUUCCAAGGAAAUAAUGUUUCGCGAGUUGUUAAUCAUCAGAGACCUCUAUAUUCUCGUGGAUACAACAUGUUUGACAGUAGCUUUUCUUCUACAAAGCAUGCUCCUCCUCCAAGAUUAAUUACAUUUUCGUCAUUAAGUUUUCCUGUACCAACUCCUGCAAUCCCUAUGUCACCUACAGUGACAAAUGUACUCACUGUACCUACUCCGUCUACAAAUACUUAUAUCCCUGCACCAUCACCUGCAUCUUAUUUUAGUGCUGUAUCAUCACCUGCUACCCCUAUCAACUUCCUGUUACGUCACCAGCUACUCCUCAAACUAGUGUCCAGUCUCCAGCCAUGCAUGUGCAAUCACCUGGGAGUACUUCAUGGUCAACACAAGUACCCAAUGCUCUCCCUCAUCAGAGAAUUCCCGGCAACCAGAGAAUGACCAUAUCAGUUCCAAGUUCAUCUCAACAACUGAUGACCGCUAACAAUAAUCAACCAAGGCGUACUCUUGCCUGGGUUGCUGUUCGACCUAUUUUUAUAAACCAAAGUUGUUUUGAUAAGAUAUUGAGUCCGGUGGCUGUCAAUACGAGCGGGGUCACAAAGUUCUUGUCACUCCUUUAGAGCAAUUACUUUCAUGUCAUUUCUUGUGGAUUUAUAUCAAAAAAGUUAUUUCCUCAAAAUAUUCCAAGUCAUUGAUUCCCACCAAAACAUGGGACGUCUUUGGAUUCAAAACAUCAAAUCAUAAAAUAUUUGUAAAGUUAGAUUCAAACACGUUUACAUCUCUUCAUCUGGAAGUGCAACCUUUGCAUCUUCAAGAAAAUAGUUGGACACGUGACGAACUGGCUGAUCUUGAAAAAUAUUUUGAGUUGAAGGUUGCUUCUUACCCGUAUAAACCGAACUAUAUGGUUUC